CCGCCCCCGAAGGGCAUUUCCGGCGCGGCGGAAUUCCGGGUGCAGAGUGUGGCUGCUACUUGGUCUGCCCAGUUGUCGCCGAGAUCCCAUGAGUGUUGCUCCCCUGGUGGGUUACAGCAGCAGCGGCUCGGAGGAUGAAGCCGAGGCCGAGGCCGGGGCUCAGGCCCUGCCGGGGACUGGAUGCCGCCCUCGUGGCCGGAGCCCCCUUCCCAGCCAGAGGUUGCCAGUGCCGGACAGUGUGCUGCACAUGUUUGCAGGCAUCGAGGAGGGGCCCGAAGAUGACAGCGCGAAACACGGGGGCCGGGUGCGCACCUUUCCCCACGAACGGGGCAACUGGGCCACCCACGUCUACAUACCAUAUGAAGCUGGGGAAGAGUUCCUGGACCUGCUGGACGAGGUGCUGCCCCACGCCCAGAAGUACGUCCCCCGGCUGGUGAGGAUGGAGGCCUUCCACCUCAGCCUGUCCCAGAGCGUGGUUCUGCGGCACCACUGGAUCCUUCCCUUCGUGCAGGCUCUGAAAGACCGCAUGGCCUCCCGCCAGAGAUUCUGCUUUACUGCCAACCGGGUGAAGAUUUACACCAACCAGGAGAAAACCAGGACCUUCGUGGGGCUCGAGGUCACCUCCGGGCACGCCCAGUUCCUGGACCUGGUGUCCGAGGUGGACAGAGUCAUGGAGGACUUCGACCUCACCACUUUCUACCAGGACCCUUCCUUCCACGUCAGCCUGGCCUGGUGUGUAGGCGAUGCUCGGCUCCAGCUGGAAGGGCAGUGUCUGAAGGAGCUGCAGGAAUUGGUGGACCAGUUUGAAGACUCUGAGAUGCUGCUGCGCGUGCACGCCGAGCAGGUCCGCUGCAAGUCUGGGAACAAGUUCUUCUCGAUGCCUUUGAAGUGAGCACGGAGCCCUCCUUGUCCCAGGAUUUGCCACAGGCCAAGCAGAGAAGGAGGAGCCACAGGGAGGCCUGCUGCUCCCGGCUGGUUCUCUCCUGGCCCUUUCAGGUUGCAGGUCCCAUGCUGCUGUGUUGUCCUUCCCAAAGAUCACCAGUAGAGGGCAGACUGGGCUCCCUAGUUGUAGGUCUGUGACUUCUUGCACAAACACACACAAAAUGGGGUCACUGGGUGAGCCCCCCCCAUACUCAGCCAGAAUCCCCAACUGUAGCCCCUCCAACAAGUGGCCACUCCCCACACUCCCCCCACUGUCCCUUCGCCAUGGUGUUGCACUGUGACACUGCUGGCCUCAGACCAACGUUUUUACACCCGUGUGCCCUGGCUCUCCCUUGCCCCGGCCAGGACACAGGGUGCCUCCAUGGGACUGUCCCCCUGCCUCAUUGAAGCCUGUCACUCCCAUUUAUUUAUUUCUACUCUCACCUCUUCCAAUGCCAGCGAGGCUAUUUCAGGGCCAAGGUUCAGGGUGCUGAUAUGAGGUUCAGCAUCAGUUUUCUCCAUUACUUCCUCCCACUCACCCCAGCCAGGUGCCUGGGGAGACUGGAGCAGGUGUUCCAUCUUGGCCUCACCAGGCCUCCAACGCAUUGUGACCUCUGGUUUCCCAGCAGCUUUCCAAGUGGCACUGGCGCCGCCCCCCAGUCAGGGCUCGCCUGCCGCGGCCUCUGACUGUCCACUCAGGCCGGUGGGCCUUCAGAGAGGACACGGACAGAGGGCCGGGGUCGCACAGGACUGUGAUUCUUUGAGCCCUCAUGAGAGCAAAGGACCAGUCCUUUCCAGCUGCCAUCUGGAUUUCUGGGGAUGGAUGAAGACAUACUCUUAUGUUAGAGUUUUAAAUUAUGUUCAACAAAUAAAGAUAAGUUUUUAUUUUGGA